UUGUUAAAAUCCAGUGCAGCCCAGGGGUGCGUGCACUCCGAGCUCAAGCGGCAUCUCUCUCUCUCUCACACACACACGCACACUCUCUGCUAACACACAGUGAGCGUGAAAUGACUAAAGUGAACAAAAUGCUCGAAAGAGCUCUCUCUAUCCGGCGGCCGCCUCACGCCGUCGAGAGUGUCGGAGCCGCCGAAGACGACGGAGGUGACGAAACAGGCGACGUGUCCAAGACUCGUAAGCACAUGUCCAUCGCUGUGCGGGUCACCAAUUACUUGACCCGAACCGGCUACUUUUGGCCUAUUAUUGUUAUUGGGCUAGUUAUCGUGAUUGUCUCGUCUGUAAUUAUUCACUCCCGAGAUUUGGUCUGCAUCUCGGCUUCCUCCUCCGAUCACAUCUCACGGUUAAGGUUCUUCGGGUUUGAUGCGCUGGAGUCGGAUUUCGGAUCCCUUGGUGUUCCCUGGUGCAGAUCGAAACAUGGAAAAACUGUAGAAUGGACAUACAAGGAUUUGCUCAAAGGUCUUGAGGAGUUUGUGCCAAUAUAUGAGAUGCGACCCAUUAAAAACAACAUGCAUGGGAUGGGUUUCGACCACAGUUUUGGACUUUGGUUUAUUACACAAUGGUUGAAGCCAGAAUUGAUGAUUGAGAGUGGCGCUUUUAAAGGGCAUUCUACGUGGGUUUUGAGGCAAGCAAUGCCAGAUACACCUAUUGUGUCACUUUCACCUCGUCAUCCUGAGAAGUACCUCAAGAAGGGGCCUGCUUAUGUUGAUGAAAAUUGCACGUACUUUACUGGAAAGGAUUUUGUGGAUUUUGGAAGCAUGGAUUGGGGAAAAGUGUUGAGGAAACAUGGCAUCACAGAUCGCAGCCAUGUUCUUGUCUUCUUUGAUGAUCACCAAAAUGAACUGAAGAGAUUAAAGCAAGCACUGAAAGCUGGUUUCAAGCAUCUAGUUUUUGAGGACAACUAUGAUACUGGAACUGGGGACCAUUAUUCACUCAGACAAAUAUGUGAUCAAUUUUAUAUAAGAGGUGGCGGACAUAGCUGCUUCAAAGAUAGUGAUGAAGCUAGGAUAAGAUAUAGGAGGAGGAAAUUCUGGGAGAAAGCAGUCGAUGUGGAAGAGCUAUGUGGACCUGGAGAAGCAUGGUGGGGCGUAAGAGGGCAGAUGCGUGAUGAUUUUAACCACAGUAACAAGGCAAUUUCCUAUGCUGAACAUUUUACAAACAGCAGAUUUCUGGAGUCAGUUCUGGAUGUUUACUGGGAACUACCUCCAGUAGCUGGCCCUUCACUUACUCACCAAACAAGAUAUGAUCCUGCACGUACAUCCGCUCCUAUAGUAGAAGAUGGUAGAUAUCGUCUAUUUCAGAGGCUUGGCUUAUCAAGAUUCGAUACUUCUGUAUUUAAUGGAUACACACAAAUGGUAUAUCUUCAGGUAUCUAGACCUGAAACAUAGUCCUCUUGAAUAUGGUUGGCUUCUAGUGCUUGUAACUUGAACUUGUUAAUAUCUGGUACUAUUCUCCUAGCUGUUUAUCUUUGGUUCGUUAGAUGCUUCAGCUCAUUAGUACUUCCAAAAUCAUUACGGUCAGAUGUUCGUUUAUUUUUACUCCAAUGCACCGUUCAGCUGCUUCAACUCAA